ACGUGGUACGAAUUUAUCGGCACAAUCUGAUCAAGGACGGAGGCAUCAUCAAACGGAAACUACGCGAGAAACUUUUCGAAGAGAUAAAACUGCGCCGCAACACUCGUGUCAAAAUGGACGAGUUGGGCUGGGUGCUGAUGAACCACGAUUUGAUAACACGUAAUGAGUCAAUCCAACAGCAUGCCAAUGGUAAUCGACCAAAUCAUUAUAAAUUCAACAUGGAGCGGUUGCGAAACCUACUGGAGCAGCACGAACAGAACAAUCACACUGAGUUGACUUCCAAAAAGCAAAACAAAUUCCUGCGUAUGCUGGAUGCAAUUUUACAAAACGACAAAGUUUUGAAGGAAAUUAAAGAGAUGGUAGUGGCGAAUCGGCUUCUAUCGGAAAUUCGUUAUGUGACUACGGUGGAAUGUAUGCUGAAACACAAUUUGGGCCCCUCUUUGCGCUGCUGCUUUGUAUGCCGAGAGUAAUUCCGCACUGCCGAUGAGUAUACCAGUCAUUUCGAAA